AGACAUGAAACUACCAAGAACAUGAACACACAUAUAUAUCCAUCCACAUCCAUUUAAUGCAAAGUUUUUCCCCCAAAAUCAAAAUUAAUGUCACUAUGUCACCACCACCACCACCACCACCACCUUCACCUUCAUCUCAACCUUGUGGUCUACAUUAACAAAACGUGAAAUUUCACCCAACCAUCCAAACCUACUAAAAAAAAUCGAUCCACAAAAAAACUCAAAUAAAUAUGAACUCAAAAAAGCCCCUAAAUUUGCAUAAUCCGAUCCCUAAUCCGGACCAUGUUGCAGUGUGGGAUUGUGGCAGCUCUCUCUACGACUCGUUCGAGUUGAAGGCUUUCGAGAGGCAGCUCGGCUCCGCCAUCCAUUCUAGAAGCAUGUCGAUGCCGCACUUGUCCGAUCGCCGACCUCAGCCGCCGCCGCCGGCCAAGAAAUCGGCGUCGAAGAUAAUUUCUCGGUCGCUGCAGAGGCUGAUCCGGUCGGUUUUCGGAAUUAGGAGUAAUAGUAGUAGUAAGGCUGGCUCGGGAGAAGGUUUUUUCGUCGUUUAUGAUAAGUCGGCGGCGCUGUCGACGAUUCCGGAGGCGCCGGAGUUUGAUGGGGUGUCGCCGGAGAUUAGGUCGCUGGUGAGGAGGACGGCGUCGGACAGGUUUAGUGCUGCCACGUCGGUUGGUAUUUCUUGUGCUUGAAUGAUUAAUUAGUUAAUUAGAUACAUGAUUAAUUAUCAUGAUUUGUAUAUUAUUUAUACUAUAGCAUAGUUUUACAUGUAUGAUGGAUCUUUAAUUUGUGUGUUGUUAUAGGAUUUUGUGGUAUAAAGUUAUAAUUAUUGUGUGUUGAUGUAGGAAUUUUUACAGAUGUUAAGAUAUGUGUCGGUCUAAUUAUAAACAAAAAUUGGUUUUAUUGUUAAUUAAUUUAAUGAAGCUUUGGUGUUUGAUUUCAGUAA